AUGACAAAAGAGAUUUUGUUUGUUUCUUCAGAUGUUGAUGAGAAAGGAAAAGACUCUUCUUCUGAGAGUGAUUCCAAAGAUGUUGAUGAGGAAGGAAAAGACUCUUCUUCUGAGAGUGAUUCCAAAGAUACAGAAGAAGAUACAAGCACUGUAGAAUCUGAUUCUACAGAUUCACAAACCGAUAGUGCAAGCAGGUCAGAGACUGAUUCGAAAGCUUCAGAAGAUAAGACGUCUUCAGAGUCAGACUCAAAAUCGCAGGAUGUUGAUAAGGAAGGAAAAGACUCUUCUUCUGAAAGUGAUGCCAAAGAUGUUGAUGAGGAAGGAAAAGACUCUUCUUCUGAAAGUGUUUCCAAAGAUACAGAAGAAGAUACAAGCACUGUAGAAUCUGAUUCUACGGAUUCACAAACCGAUAGUGCAAGCAGGUCAGAGACUGAUUCGAAAGCUUCAGAAGAUAAGACGUCUUCAGAGUCAGACUCAAAAUCGCAGGAUGUUGAUGAGGAAGGAAAAGACUCUUCUUCUGAGAGUGAUUCCAAAGAUGUUGAUGUGGAAGGAAAAGACUCUCCUUCUGAGAGUGAUUCCAAAGAUACAGAAGAAGAUACAACCACUGUAGAAUCUGAUUCUACGGAUUCACAAACCGAUAGUGCAAGCAGGUCAGAGACUGAUUCGAAAGAUGAUGACCACACUAGCACCAUGCCUUAUCAGGAAUCCCAGUGAUUCAGGUAUUUUAGACUGGAUUCUGACUCAUUUACAGGAGGACACGUUACCCCAGCUCAACAUGAAGAGACCCUGAAACAAUUAGACCUUUCUGUUGUAGCAAUAACAAGGAAAGACGCUUCUGUUUUUUAGUCUGUAAACUGUUGUCUUUCCUGAACAUGUUUAAUGAGUUUGUAGUGGGCUAUGGUGAAGGUUAAAUUUAUUGAGCAACUUAUGUACAUUUCUCUUUUGUGCACUUUCAAGGGAAACAGGCUGUUAAAAAGAUAAGUAACAGAUUAUUUAGCUGCUCCCACCAACCAUUACAUCUCUCUCAGUUACUGUUUUAACUCAAUGAUGAAAUGUGGUAUUGUUGUGUUUUAACUCAAUGAUGAAAUGUGGUAUUGUUGUGUUUUAACUCAAUGAUGAAAUGUGGUACAGUUGUGUUUUAACUCAAUGAUGAAAUGUGGUAUUGUUGUGUUUUAACUCAAUGAUGAAAUGUGGUAUUGUUGUGUUUUAACUCAAUGAUGAAAUGUGGUAUUGUUG